CCGGCGAGGACAGGUGGAGAGGGUGUUGAUGAGGGUUACGAAGUAGGCUUGUUUGGCGGCGUGGAGGGAGGAGGAGUAGGUGAGGAAGGCAGAUUUGUAGAGGGAGAACGCUCAAGGGGAUUUGGUUUUUCACCAUAAUUGUUCCAGCAUUUUUAGUUUGGUAGUUCUGCCAGGGUUGAAGCGCUCGGGGUCUAAUGCUACGUGUGGUUAUGGGUGCUAAGGAGUCUAAGGCAGCUGACAGUGAGUCGUUAUACGCAGUAGUGGCCAGGUCAGGGCAUGACAGUGGAAGGAUACUGUCGUACAGACGGUCAGCUGCAGAGUGGAGAGGG